GCCAAGGACGCAGUUGAAGUGGCUGUCCUCAUGGUCGGCGACUCGAGCAACACCUGAGCGAUGCCCGACAGCAUCACACAGGCCCCCAGCCAUGCCGCCAUAGCGGAUGUCCUCGCCAAUGCUACCACAAGCCUCUCGAUCCACCAGACCAGCCGAAGCAACGGCGUCGGUGCAAACCCGGAGUCAGUCCUCGGACCGCAAUACCACAGUCACGUCCGCAUCACGGUCAUCCUCAUCAUGAUAGCGUUCUCGGUCUCGGGCAACAGCGUGGUCUGCUGGCGCCUGUUGCGCAACCACCGCCGGCGUCGCUACCAGAAGGCCCACGUCCUUUUCCUAAACCUGGCCGUAGCCGACCUUCUAGUCACCACAGUGACGAUGACUUCUCAGACUGUCUGGGAAGUCAUGGGCCGCGUCUGGAUUGCCGGCGACGCCUUCUGUCGUGUCUUCAAGGUCUUGCAGACGUUUGCGUUGGCCUCAUCCACCUACAUGAUUGUGAGCAUCGCGUUGGACAGGCACUUCGCCAUUGUAUACCCUCUCGCCAGGUGUCCCGCUCCGUGGCGCCUUGCGGCGGCCGCCUGGAUCGCAGCGCUGGUCCCAUCACUGCCCAACUUGUAUGUGUUCCAGGUGGUUGAAGCCGACACGGGCGUACGAUAUUGCGCCUCGCUGUUCUACGCGCGCAAGACUGCCUCGACGCUGCCUCGCCAACUGUACAUGACAUUCGUGUUCCUCGCAGUGUUUGUGCUCCCGCUUGUGCUUCUGGUUGGCCUGUACGGUCGCAUUCUAUUGGAGAUCUGGAGCCAGAGCUUGGCGUUUAGAAAUCGUCAUCAGACUGCGUCGUCCUUGCCAAAGGCAAAGGUGAAAACUGUCAGAUUGACGGCGGCAGUUUUCGCGGCGUUUCUGGUGACCAACGUUCCAUACAUGGUCCAAGAGAUGGUGCUGGCCUUCGGAGGUGCCAACGUGUCCUUAGACCGUAACCUUGUGGCUCUCUUCGGAGUCAUCUCGGCCUCAAACAGCGCCAUAAAUCCGUACAUCUUCCUGUGCUUCCAGAAGACCAACGCUAAAAGAAAGCGAUUCGUGAUGGCCUUUCGUAGAGACGUCGUCGCUGAGAGCGAACUCGUGAACGGCCGCUCCAGUUUCGGCGGGACCAAGCACUACCCGAAUUCGGUCAGAAAUCACUCGACCGUGUUCACUCUCUCCACGAAGGAGACAAACGGGAAGAUAUCCCCGGAGCUGCGCACGGAUUUAAGCGCUUUAUGACGUCAAAGGGUCCUGUCCUGGUUUUCGCGCAUACCAUCCUUCUUUCGGGCGCUAAGGAAUUCGCCAACGAAGGACGUGACUGUACCUGUACCACUCAACAGUCUCCUGUGACGACCUGACCACCUGUGAUAAAACCCUUUGACGC